AUGGUUAAGCGGCCAAAGGAGUUGUCUAGAUUUCUAGUUGCCCAUAAUAUUUCCUUGUUCAGUUUCCUAGAGACCAAGGUGAAGAUGGGUUACCUUGGUCGCUUAUAUCAAAAUCUCUGCCCUGGUUGGUGUUUCUCUCAUAAUUUACCUUAUCAUCAUGGUGUUCGUAUCAUUUUUGGAUGGAAGGGUAGUGAGAUGAAUGUUAAUAUUCUUUUCAUGAGCAGUCAAAUUGUUCAUCUAGAGAUUACUCCUAUUAUAGGUGAGGUGUUCUUAUGCUCUUUUGUUUAUGGGGAUAAUACUGCUAGUAAUCGAUCUGUUUUGUUUCAUCAAUUAGUUUCUCUUCACGUUAAUGGCCCUUGGUUAGUCAUGGGGGACUUUAAUUGUUUAGCUGGCUUGGAUGAAUGUACUGGUCAUGCAGUGCGAUUGCAGGAAACUAUUCCACUACGUCGAUGUAUGGAAACUUGUGGUCUUCAUGAUUUGAGAUUCCAUGAUUGGAAGGAUGUCUUCCGUACUGCUGAAGUGUCUUUCCUAGAAGAAGGAUCGUUCGAUCAUACACCUAUGCUGAUUCAGUUCAUCAAACAUCCCAGGGGUAAGAAGACUUUUAAGUUUUUCAAUCACUGGGCUGAGCAGGAGGGUUUUAUUAAAAGUGUCUCCGAAGUUUGGGAGGAUGAUCUUCGUAACGCUCAAAGCGAACUUCAUAAACACCCUUGUGAUCCAGAACUCUCCUCAAAAGAGUAUGCUGCUGAUAGGCUUAGGAAGGCUAAGAAUGAUCAAGACACUUACCUUAGCCAGUUAACCAAAUUAAAUUGGCUGAAAUUUGGAGAUGAGAAUUCCCGCUACUUUCAUCAGAGCAUUAGACAAAGAAGGAUUCAAGAGUCUUUUGUUACUUUCUAUCAGCAACUGCUGUGCAAUAAUUUUAACUGCCGGAGGCGCAUCGACAUGAACGUUAUUACAAAAGGGCCUCUAUUAGAGAACUCUCUCCAUGAGCAGCUAUCUCUUUGCUUCUCGGUAGAGAAAAUCAGGAAUGCGCUAUGGAGUAUCCCUGACACAAAAAUUUCGGGCCUGGAUGGAUACAAUAGCAAAUUCUAUAAAGCUGCUUGGUUUGUUGUUGGUGAUGAUUUAGUUGAGGCUGUUCAAUAG